AUGGCGGCAUCCUUUGGAGCUGCGGCUGCGUCUUCGGUGAAGGAGAUUCCCAACAUCUCUGCUUCUUCCUAUUUGCCCAUCUGCCGCCGGCAUUUAUCCUAUCUCUCCCAUUCCGACAAGGUUGCGCUCCUUCUCUCCGCCAAGCCCGACCUCCGCCUCUACACGAAGAGCGUGCGGUCUGGGUGGAAUUCUUCUCCUGUGGUAAGAGCUCAAAUGAAUGAGGCCGCUACGGAUGGUUCGGCAAAAACUGCUGUGAAACUGGAGGGAUCACUGGACGAAUCUAAGGAAAUCAAGCUGUCAAAUGAGCCACCUGCUUCUUUGAGAUCAGAAGAAUCAAUCUCUGAAUUUAUUGAUCAAGUUGCGAGUCUUGUCAAACUAGUUGAUUCCAAGGACAUUGUGGAACUGCAACUGAAACAAGUGGAUUGUGAAAUUUUAAUACGUAAAAAGGAGGCCUUACCACAGCCACCUGUUCAGUACAUCCAGACACUGCCUCAGCCUCUGUCUCAGCCUCAACCUGCAAUUACGCCCCCAGUCCAUUCAGUGUCUCCCGUUCCAACUGCAGAACCUUCUCCUCAACCAAAGCCUGCACUUGCUCUGCCCGCAGCCAAGUCAUCUCUUCCAUCUUUUAAGUGCCCCAUGGCAGGAACCUUCUACCGCAGUCCAGCACCAGGUGAACCACCAUUUGUCAAGGUUGGGGAUCAAGUAACGAAGGGUCAAGUUCUAUGCAUCAUUGAGGCCAUGAAAUUGAUGAAUGAGAUUGAAGCUGAUCAGUCUGGUACAUUGGUUGAGAUCCUAGUAGAUGAUGCGAAGCCAGUCAGUGUCGGAGCCCCUCUUUUUGUUAUUCAACAGUAG